AUGGUAGUCGGACAAAAUAAUAAAAAUCAACAAGAAGAAUCAGUCUAUAAUUUAAUACCACGAACUGAAGUUCAUGUAUCAAAAGCAUCUGGUUAUGUAUCAAAAUUUCAUCAAAAUGCCCGUGAAUCAUUUAAAGAAGGUAAAUCUAAACAUCGAACAAUGGGUUAUGCUGAAGAACCAGUUCCCGAUCCACAACAUUUUCUUAAAAAACAUCAAAAUGAUACUAAACAGAAUGAUUCGAAUAGGCAUAAAGAUACAUCACCAAGCAAAGAUCAUUCACAACGUAAACCACCUGUUCCAAGUAUUCGUGAUGCUCCUAAAAUGGGUGCACGAACAGAAAAAAAUUUCAUUCAAACAAAUGCACUUGACGUUGUUAUGACAGUACCAAAAAAACCCGAACGAAAUAUUGUUGAUGAUCGAUAUGGUGAUAAAUUUCCUAUUGAUCCAAGUGGUUUAACACCAAAAUACAUAUUGAAAAAAAAUUUUGGUGAAGUACCCGUUUAUAUAAAAUCACGUCGAGCAGAUAUGGAAAAAGCUAAACAAGAAUAUCAAGUUUAUGUUUCAGAUUAUUUUCGUCGUGGAGCUAUGCGCGAAAUGGAUAAUAAUGAACGACAAACAAUUCUUGAUGGUUUGAAAAAACAAUGGGAAGAUGUUCAUCAUGAAUAUCAAACACUUUCAGUUAUUAUUGAUACAAUUCCAAAACGAUUAUAUAAAGAACGUCUUGAACAUCAAAUGAAAUUACUUGAAAAAGAUAUUGAUCUAUUAGAAAAACAUCAAAUUAUUUAUAUUGCUGAUUGA